AUGGAUUUCAGGAAAGUUGUUCAUAAUGCUGCAGAUGAGAAUGCUCGAUAUGACGAUAUGGAUAGUGAAUAUAGUGACAGUGAGAAAACUGGCUUCAUUCCAACAAAGGAAUAUGAAGAAGGUGGGAGUACAAGUGACAGUGCUGAAGAGGAUGAGUCUGGUGACAGAACAGAUGCAGCUCUUGAGCGAAUGCUUAAAGAAGAGGAAGAUAGAGAAAAAGAAGCUGAAGACCUAGACUACAGUAAAGCUUACAGUAUCGUGACAACUGAAAAGGUGACAAAGCAGGCAUCACAAACUAAAGGCGAGGAGUUCAGAAUUCUCCAUCAUGAAUGUGAUUCCCAAAGUCCUGGAAUAAGAAAAUGUCUUGAAUAUCUGAGGCUACACAUGUGGGCAUCCCUAUCAAGAGCUCAGUAUGUCAGUCUGUUAAAAGACUUUGUUGAGUCUGAAUUCUUUGUGAUAGAUGGGGAUUCCUUACUACUUAUGUUUUUAGAUGAGAAAACGCAGUAUCUGAACUUCUUCUAUCAAAUUGAAUGCUUCCUGCAGGAUUUCACUGACAAAGGAGCAAAAUAUGUCAUUGCUUUCUUCAAGGAUGCAGAACAGAUGUACUUUCCAUAUCCUCAUUUUCUUUUCUUACGUACUGCAUUAAUAGAACACCUGAGGCGUAACACAAGCAUCACUGUUCAUACAGAAUUUUCCAAUUGUUUAUCAUCCCAAUGGGAGAUUUUCCUGAAGAAAAGCUAUCCUUACUUCAUCAUUGUAUCUGACAUAGGACUGAGCUCUCUCCAGACAGACUAUUUGUCUAUUUUAAUUGCUCAUUCACUGUCAAAGAAAAUCAACGUUGUGCUCGCUUCAGGACAGGAGUAUGAUAUUCUUAGAGUUUAUGGAUAUCAUGUUCAGAGUGUGUAUAAGCACAGAUUAUUUUUUGUAAAGUAUGAACAAGAUCUGCAAUGGGCCUAUGGCAACCUAGUCAAGUACAAAGAUCCAGUCAUGUGUCUAUAUGAACAUUUCAAGCUGAGCCUGAAAAGCAUACAACAAGAGGUUCACCAGACUGUCUGUCUGUUGAAACAACUGUGGCCUAAAGGAUCUGACGUUCAGCGUGUGAUCUGUGUUCUUGCUUGUGCUGUGGGAUUAAAAAUAUACAGCAACAUGUUGGAAAAUGCGAAUAAUUCCAUGGGAACAAAGAAACAGGAAUCAGCAAGAGGAAGAAGUAAACCCUUAUCUCUACAAGAAGCAGCUGACCUCUGUAGAAUGCAAUGUCUUGCAGUGACUUUUCUUCUUCAUAUGCCUCUUUCUCAGAGAGCUCAGAUUAGGAUCGUGAAAUCAUGCUGGACUAAGCAAGUUUUAUCCUUUAUAAAAAUGCAACAGUUGUGUAUGCAUUUUGCUCUGACACAGCUAAGCAAUACAAAUGAUGGGAAAUUGGAUUUUACUUACCUGCCAGACUUAAAUGAUGAUUCACUGCUCAUAAAUCUUGCAUAUUAUUAUGAGGUCGAAUACAAUAAAGGAUUAAAGUUCAAAAAGGAACUGGGGAAAGAAAUGGAGGAUGCAUACCGAUGUUUGUGGGACACUGUAAGAAAAUUGGCUGUGAAAUACAGUUUUGGAGAUGCUUUUCCAAUACGAAACAGCUCCCGACCAUUUCUUGAUCAGCAACAUACAUUUUUUAGAGAGUAUGAAGAAGAAACUCCUAACAUUGGACUAAUCUCAGUGGAAUCUGAUCUCGUUAAAGAUUAUGCUGGAGAUGUUUUGAAAGACCUACCUGUUUUAAAAAGCAAUGAUCCUGCAGUUACUUCACUUGUUAAAUACAAGGAAUUUGAUGAGCUUCGUCACUGGCAUUCUGGCAGACCUUUGACUGAGGAAUAUGAGCGAGUACGGUGCACUGCUGAUGCGAAAUCCAAAGAUCCAGCAGAAAGAAGACAAAUUCAGAAGUUACAGUAUUUUCAUCAUUUUUACGGAAGCACUUUGGAAGACACCACUUCAAAACUUAUUGUACAGCAAAAGGAUGUGCCAGGGAGUGCUAAUGCUGCGGUCAAAAAGACCCAAAAGAAGCAUAAAAGCAAAGCGGAAGCAAUUGCAGAGGAAAACAACAGGCGACUAAGGGCUAAAGAAGAAAAGAAAGAAGAGGAGCAAUGGAAAGCCUUGUGUAUACCAACUGAAAAAGAAAUAAAAGCAGAUGUGACUGUUGGAAUAAAUAAACUGGAGAAGUUUCUCAAGACCCUUAAAAGUAAAUCUGUGAAGUUCAGUGUAGAAAUGACAGGACUGUCUGCCUGUUUAGAAGUGUGGAAGCAACACUGCAGAACACAAGGCAACAAAGAUAAAGAUUUAAGCAAAGCUGUUCAAGUCAUGAGGAGACUUCACAUCCUCCUUGAAAAAUACCAAGAUAUGUUGGAGAAACCACAUCUAGAAAAGCUGACCAGAUGUCUUAGAUAUCUUGGAUUUGAAAAUUUGGCAUGCUCCCUAUCUGGCCAGGUAACAGAAAGUAAUGAUAUGAAGAUUAGCAACUAUGCUGUCAAAGUGGGUCCAGCUCGCUUUCAGCUACAAUACAUGGAUUAUUACUUGCUCAGAGAAGAGAGGCAUGAUCCUGAUCCCCGAGUGCAACAUUUCAUACCUGACACAUGGCAGCGGGAACUUCUUGAUGCUGUAGAUAAUAAUGAGUCUGCAGUGAUUGUUGCUCCCACUUCGUCAGGAAAAACAUAUGUAUCAUACUAUUGCAUGGAAAAAGUUCUGAAAACAAGCAAUGAAGGCGUGGUUGUGUAUGUUGCUCCUACAAAGGCCCUUGUAAACCAAGUGGUAGGAACUGUAUACAGUCGGUUCACCAAGAAACUUCCGGAUGGAUUGGUACUGUGUGGAGUCUUCACACGCGAUUAUCGCCAUGAUGUCAUGAAUUCUCAGAUAUUAGUGACUGUGCCUCAAUGUUUAGAAAUCCUGAUGCUGUCUCCUCAUUGCCAGAAGUGGGUCAAGCAGAUACAAUAUGUUAUAUUUGAUGAGGUCCAUUGUCUUGGUGGUGAAAUUGGAGCAGAGGUUUGGGAGCACCUUUUGGUAACAAUUCGAUGUCCGUUUUUGGCGCUCUCUGCCACUGUCAGUAAUCCAGAACACCUAACAGAGUGGUUACAGUCCGUGAAAAGGUAUUGGCAACGUGCUGAGAGUAGAAUAGAAAGAAGCUCUACAAACUCUGAGAAGAACUUUACAAGAAAAUAUAAAGGGAAAUCUAAAGUACAAGAGCAAAAGCAAUCAUACCGUGUUAGACUUGUCUUGUAUGAAGAAAGAUACAACGAUUUGGAAAAGUAUGUGUGUUCUCUAAAGAGCAAGGAUUUUCUCAUUGAACACUGUCAUCCGUGUGCUGCAUUAACAGUGAAUCACAUUGAGAACUAUGGCAUUCCAUCAGAUCUUUCUCUGUCUCCACGAGAGAGCAUCCAGCUUUACGACACAAUGGUAAAAGUCUGGCGAGGGUGGCCGAGGGCCCAGGAGCUAGAUCCUGAGGCAUUCGUCUGUUUCAAGAAUAAAGUAGUAAUAAAAAAGGCAGAUGUGAGGAAAUACGAACAGGAACUGAAGAAAGAACUUAGCAGAUGGAUUGUUCUUGGCCAAAGACAGAAGGUGAAUGAGCUGCUGGAGCACCUUAAGCCAAAACCUCUGGAUUGCUCAGAAGACAAAAAGUGGAGUCAUUUUGCAAGCUUUGUUAGUAAGUUACAUGAGAUGGAGAAGUUGCCUGCUAUAUUUUUUAUAUUUAAUGUGGAUACAGUGGAAAGUGCAGCCAAGAACGCAUUCCUUUAUUUGCUGAGAAAACAAAGGUGUGCACAAGGCUCUAAUGUUGAGAAGGAAAGAAACCGAUUAAGGGCCGAACUAAGAAAAGUGGAAAAAAUGGUGGGAAAAUUCAACCCUGAGGAUACCAAAAAGGUGAGCCCCAGUAAAAGGGAAACCGCUGUGGUGCUUUUGACUAAAAAAACCCAGUUGGAAAAAAGACUUAAAGGGCUAACUGAUAUCCCUUCCUCGUGUACUUAUGCUGAUCCUAAAGCAGUGGAUGAAGAUACUUUGAAGAAGAUUUUUCAUCGAAUUAGGUUUGAGAGAAGAGGUUAUCUGCAGCAAAGGUUGGCACUGAGGGGCAUUGGGUAUCAUCACGCAUCUAUGACCAGCAAGGAAAGACAGGUAGUGGAGAUGCUUUUCAGGAUGGGCUAUAUCAAGGUAGUCACAGCUACUUCGUCGCUUGCUCUAGGAAUCCAUAUGCCAUGUAAAUCUGUUGUCUUUGCUGAAGAUUCUGUAUUUUUAGAUGCCUUAAAUUACAGACAGAUGUCAGGACGUGCUGGAAGACGGGGAUAUGAUAUGAUUGGAAAUGUGUUCUUCUACGACAUCCCAAUGCCCAAAGUUGAAAGACUUAUCAAAUCCAACGUACCUGAGUUGAGAGGCCAGUUUCCUCUGACUAUUUCCUUAAUAUUGAGACUGAUGCUGUUGGCUGCAAAGGCUGAUGACAAAGAAGAUGCCAAAGCAAAGGCAUUGUCAGUGUUGAAGCACUCACUGAUGUCGUUCAGAAAAGAAAGAUAUGCUCAAAUACUAAAAAUUUACUUUAUGUUUUCCUUGCAAUUUCUGAUCAAAGAGGGCUACUUGGAUCAAAAAGGUAAACCCAUGGGAUUUGCUGGACUUGUGACACACUUGCACUAUCAUGAACCUUCAAAUUUCGUUUUAGUGAGCUUUCUUGUGAAAGGGUUGUUCCACAAAUUGUGCCAACCAAUUAAAGGCUCAACUGUUUUUUCAGAAGGUGUCCUGGAAAAGCUAGUGCUCAUUCUAGCCAACCUCUUUGGGAGAAAAUAUCUUCCAGCCUGCUCAGUGAAAUACAAACGCACAUUCUGCCAGUCAAAGGUGUUUCUAGAAGAUCUGCCAGAAGACUUUGCAGAGGCUGUAAAUGAGUACAACACCAAAGCAGAGGAAAAUUUUGCUCAUUUUCUUCUGACAACUACCAAGCUGGCAGAUAUGGAACAAGAAUACAGACUUCCACUGUCAAAGACAGAUUUUACACCCAAGAAUUGGCGUGGCUCUGAACUAGCAUCUUAUUUGAUGGACACCACCAAACGUGUAUCUGCCAUCUCACCUUUUGCCUGUGUAUCUGGAAUGGUGGAUAACGAUCUAUUCCUUGCGGAGAACAUUAAUAAAGCUGUCUUACGUUCCCUUGGAAUUAAUGUCACAAACUGCCCCCUUCUUUCUUUGCACAAGUAUGAUAAUCAAGGAAGGAGGCAGCCACUCAAUGCAUAUGCACUGGACUUUUAUAAGCAUGGAUCCUUGAUUGCACUGACAACUGAUAACUGGUUAAAUGAAGGAGAUGCUUACUAUGCACUCAAGGAGUUUUCACUCAUCAUUAAGUCUAUUGGAACAUCACUGAGUGAGCUGUGUGAUGAUCCAAAUGACAAUGUUCUACUGGCAUUUCAACAACUGGGCGAAAUCUAUGAAAAGAAACUGCAGUGUAUUACCUGA